AUGGUCAGAGAUUGUAUCAAUCAUGCUAAGAGGUGCCAUGAGUACCAGAUCCACUAUGAUGUUAUACAUAAACCGCCAAAUCCGCUGCACCCUACAAUAGCAUCCUGGCCAUCUGAAUGUUGGGGUACUAAUGUUAUCGGGCCGAUAGAUUCCCCAUCAUCAGUAGGACACCGCUUUAUCUUGGCAGCAACCGACUACUUCUCAAAGUGGGUAGAAGCGGCUCCAUUCAAAGAAGUUACGUCUGAGCACGUGAUCAACUUCUUCACCCACAAUGUUGUUUACAGAUUUGGUGUGCCACGCCGCAUAAUCUAA